AUGAAUGCUUUCAUGGUCUGGUCUCGCGGACAAAGAAGAAAAAUGGCUCAGGAAAAUCCGAAAAUGCAUAACUCUGAAAUCAGCAAACGUCUCGGCGCUGAAUGGAAAUUGUUAUCGGAGGCAGAGAAGCGGCCAUUCAUUGACGAAGCGAAACGUUUGCGCGCAAUCCACAUGAAGGAGCACCCCGACUACAAGUACAGGCCCCGUCGGAAGACGAAGACACUGAUGAAAAAAGACAAAUAUGCCCUACCCGGAAUGCCACCCGGUGCCCCGGUUCAACAGGUUGGGCGCGAAAUGUAUCCGAUGAAUGGAUACAUGCCGAACGGCUACCCUAUGAUGCCCCCAGAUCCAAAUGCUUACCAUCAACAUAUGUCGAACCAAAUGGCGACCCUCGGCGGCCAGUAUGGCUACAACAUUCCAGCUCAACCUAUGUCCACACAGAUGACCACGGGAUCAUACAUGAACGGCAGUUCAAGCUAUACCAUGACAAUGGCCCCGUAUUCUAUGCCAUCUCAGGUACCCCAAAUAAAACGAGAGCCUAACCCCACGGGCCAACCAUCCCCGGUCGGUCGAUGUCCCACGGGAGACCUGAGGGAAAUGAUCAGCAUGUACUUACCUGGAGAAAGCACUAACGAUCACUCUGUACAGAGCAGGUUACAAAUGCAAGGACAAUAUAGCCACGCUACAACGACUGACGGUGUCACUAACACGGUACCCCUUACACACAUGUAG